AUGAUUGCACGGAUACUCUACUUUUUCCUUUGGUCUGCGGCUUUUCUACCAGAGCUGCAGUGCGCUUCUCAGAGAACCGCAGACGGUCUUACCACUUUCCCGACGUCCGCGUUCAUCAACAGCACCGACAAAAAGGACUCCCACCAAACAUUCACUUCCCGGCUGAAAAGGAAGACGAUCUCUGUGGAUUUCGCCGUCCCGUCGCUCUUACGGUAUUACAUGUCUCUGUUUAUAAAACGCCCGCUUAACGGAGACUGUCUCACGUUUAACGGAUGUUACACGGUACGCGCAAACUUACUGAUGCGCUGCGUACCUUUGCAGAAAACCAUCGCCAGUUUGCUCGAUGUAAAGUUGGCCGCGAUGAAUGUCAACAGAUCCAGCACUGGACAGCUCCCGUACAGACAGAGGCGGCCCGUGCCGAAAGUUUUGAAUUUAGGUUUGACCAAAGCCAGUCGAAAGUCCAAUCAAGUUGUGGUGGAGAUCGGAGAGGAGAUGGUAAAAACGGGUUGUGGAGGACUGGAUGUGUACGAGGACGCGCCGGUUGUGUUCUUGGAAAUUGACCUAACACGGGUUUUGGAGUGGUGGCUGGGGGCAGAAGGAGGCCGGCUUAGGGUCCGACUCAUGCCCGAGCGGAAAGCGCAGGUCCCGGGGAAAGAGGACAAGUACUCCGCUGCGAUCAGAGCUUCGGACGCUCGACUUUUUCUACACAUAGCCUCAAGUGAUUGGCCCUCAUCCACACACUCAAGAAAUCCCAUCACCACCCCCAAAUACUGGAACUUUUCUUGGAUAGCGGAAGACGAGCUGACUUUCCCUGAGGACCCUUUAUCAACUUCAGAUUGCUACAAAAAGGGAAAGUCAUGUGACCGUGUGGUUCCAGGAUAUUUUCCUGAGUUUGCUUGGAGUUUGACAUCAGCAGAUGACUCCUGGGCGAAGGACGAGGCAAUGAAGAAGACAAAAGCAAGUUCCCAGGGGUGGGACGAAGGGUGGUUUCUCUCAGUCAAUGGCUCAGUUCUGACAGGCCCGUGGGUUUUAAGCCCUUGGCUACGAGCCAACCAUCGGCCCUGUGGAAUAGAUUUGACUGUGUUUUUGCACCCCAGGCAGAGUGGACGUUACACUAUCUGGAUCAUCGAGAGAGACAAGCCCCCACUUGCUCUCCUUACCACAGAGCACCCCCAUGUCAUCGGCUGGGCAGUGGUUCAUCUCAGCUUAGGGGCUCGGAACAAACCCUUCAGGAUUUCUUCCAGCUACAACCAGCCUGGUGACAUGGAAACAGCGACCUAUGAUCCCCGCUUCAUUACAAACUGCUCUAUAGAAACCUCUCGAAAUGCCACUCUCCGGGGCCGCUAUCACUGCAGAGAGGGCCACGAGAUCAAUGUGAGCCAGCUGUGUGACUUCAACCCGGACUGUCCACAAGGGGACGAUGAGGGAGAACAUUGCUGUCAAUUCCUCAAUGGAAGCUAUUGCUCGUUUGGAAGGGAGAACUGCAGCUGGCAGGUGGUUCCAGGCAGUGGUCCCCAAUGGAAGGUUCAUCCGUCAAUUGCCAAAGUCCUCAGGGACAGCUGUCCAUCAUCAGGGGCAUUGUUAGCCAUUGACAGUCAGCCCAAAGGUCAGCGUGGAUCAGCCCAAGUGCGGAGCCCGCUUUUCUUCUAUCCACUGCGCAACGCCCCUUGCAUGGUCAAGUUUUGGGUGUGUGGUUCUUCAAAUGGAGUACUCUCACUCUGGAUUAUCAAGAACAGUACAGGUCCUGAGGGCCAACGGAGUCUUUGGAACUCAACAAGCGAAGCUAAUAUGGGAAAAGGGUGGAAACUCAUCACCCUGCCUCUCUUCGGAUUGGUGGAUCUGUUUUACCUGCAGUUCAGUGCAGAUAUAUCAUCUAGUGCAGGAAUCGCUUUUGCAGUGGACAACUUCACUCUAAGUAUGGAGUGUUUCCUCGAAACCAAUGGAGACUAUCCUCCAGUGGCUCCCACAAGCCCAACGCAAGUGCUGUUCAGAACAAGCAAUGAGAACAUCAAGACCACUACGCCACUGUAUGGAGGGCCUGGACCAUUUUCACUUCAACCCACGUCAACAGAAUCUGUCAAGUGGACAUUCUACACUUGUGGCGCCACAGGACAAGAUGGUCCCACACCAUCUCAGUGCAGUAACUUCUACCGAAACACCAAUGUCAAUGUCACUGUGGGGACUAAAGGACCAUUCAAAGGCAUCCAGAUGUGGCGGGUUCCAGAAACAAGGAAAUACAGGAUCACUGCGUAUGGUGCAGCUGGUGGACGCAGUGUCCUGGCUGUUCACAAGUCUCAUGGGGUCUACAUUACUGGAGACUUCAUGUUACAGAAGAAUGAGCUUCUGUAUAUUCUAGUGGGACAGGAGGGAGAGGACUCUUGUCCUAAUACGGUGCCUAAUAUGGAUAGGAUCUGCAGAGAACAGCAAGAACCCUCCAUUAACAAAACCCAGCUCAAGGGAGGGGGUGGUGGAGGAGGAGGGGCCACCUAUGUCUUCAAGGUAGAGAAUGGAGUCCACAUUCCAUUACUGAUUGCUGCUGGAGGUGGGGGCCGUGGCUACAGCAGCCAAUUAGAGAACCUGGAGGAAGUGAUGGACAGGGAUCCCAGCAUUCCUGGCCGUAAUGGCAAAUCAGGAGCAGCAGGGGGUGGUGGAGGCUGGAAUGACAGUAACCCUUCUCUUCAAGGCGGUAGACCCCUUGUUCUGGGAGGGCAGGGUGGGGAGCCCUGUCAAGCAAUGGGCUGGAAAACUCGUGGGGGUUUCGGUGGUGGUGGAGGAGCCUGUACAGCUGGUGGAGGAGGUGGAGGAUACAGAGGGGGCAGCGCUUCGCUGGAUAAUGAUCCCAGACAGGACGGAGAUGAUGGCACAUCUUUCAUAAGCCCUGAUGGUGAGAUGUACCUGGAGCCACUUAAAGGUAUGGAAUCUGACGGUGAAGUUAUCAUCAACCCAGUCCAGAACUGCAGUCACUGCGAGUUGGGAGACUGCCACGAGACCUAUGAGGGCACAGUGUGUUACUGCGAUGAAGAUCUCUCGCUGGCCCCAGACGGAGUGUCCUGCAUCAACUCUACUGAGGUGUCUAUGCUGCCUGCCCAGCCAUCUCUCUCGCAUCUGGCACUGGGUCUGUCUGUGGGGACCUCUGCACUCAUUGCCGCUCUGCUGUUGGCUGUGUCUGGCGUCAUGAUCAUGUACAGACGUAAACACACGGAGCUGCAGUCCAUCCAGUUAGAGCUUCAGAGUCCUGAUUGUAAGCUGAGCAAACUGAGGGCCUCCACAAUCAUGACCGACUACAACCCCAAUUACUGCUUUGGUGGGAAGACUGCUUCUGUCAAUGACCUGAAGGAGGUGCCACGGCGUAAUAUCUCUCUCACUAGAGGUUUGGGUCAUGGGGCUUUUGGGGAGGUCUAUGAAGGGCUGGCUGUUGGGAUACCAGGGGAGCCUAGUCCUAUGCAGGUUGCAGUCAAGACCCUUCCAGAGGUGUGCUCAGAACAGGAUGAGCUGGAUUUUCUCAUGGAAGCUCUUAUAAUCAGCAAGUUUAGUCACCAGAACAUUGUGCGGUGUAUCGGGGUGAGUCUCCAGGCUCUGCCUCGCUUCAUUCUACUGGAACUGAUGGCUGGAGGAGAUCUCAAGAGCUUCCUGAGGGAAACUAGACCUAGACUAGAGCACCCAUCCAGUCUAACUAUGGUGGAUCUUCUCAACAUAGCCCGAGACAUAGCCAAUGGCUGCCAGUACUUAGAGGAGAACCAGUUCAUCCACAGGGAUAUUGCUGCUAGGAAUUGUCUGCUGACCUGCAAAGGUCCAGGAAGGGUGGCCAAGAUUGGGGACUUUGGCAUGGCCAGAGACAUCUACAGAGCCAGUUAUUACAGAAAAGGAGGCCGUGCUAUGCUGCCAGUCAAAUGGAUGCCUCCCGAAGCCUUUAUGGAGGGGAUCUUUACCUCUAAAACUGACACAUGGUCAUUUGGAGUUUUGCUGUGGGAGAUCUUCUCGCUGGGCUACAUGCCGUACCCGAGUCGCAGUAACCAAGAGGUGCUGGAGUUUGUUACUAACGGAGGCCGGAUGGACCCGCCCAAAAACUGCCCGGGGCCAGUGUACCGGAUAAUGACACAGAGUUGGCAGCAUCAACCAGAAGACAGGCCAAACUUUUCUACAAUCCUUGAAAGGAUUAACUAUUGUCUACAGGAUCCAGAUGUGGUGAAUGUGCCUUUGCCUGUUGAGUAUGGCCCCAUCCCUGAGGAAGAGGAACGGGUGCCCAUGCGUCCCGAAGACCCGUCUGCCCCCUCCUUGCUUGUAACCCCUCAGGGUGCAGGGGACACAUCAUCUGCCUCUACUGCCCACCCCGAGCAGACCAAGAGAGAUGGGGAAGCCCUACUAAUGACCAGCCAUUCCUCUGACAACAAAGCCCAACCUGCGCCGCCUCCUCAGUCUCACCCCCAUCACCACCCACACCCACCGGUAGCCACUGCCCCCAUUCCUGCUGCCAAACCCUCUUCUACUCCCCUGACUACCCAAGAUGGAGGCCAUGUGAACCUGGGCUUCAUGCAGGCCCACCCCUCAGAGAAGGAAAGCCGCAAUGGGAAGCCCACCAACCUGUGGAACCCAACCUAUGGCUCUUGGUUUCUACAGCAGCAACAGAAGAGGCAGCAGGCCCAGGCACAGAGGCAGGUGAGUGGCCCACGUAUCCCAGGUGAAGGGCAAGAGCAAGCAGGUCGAACUGUGACGGUCUCAGAAGCUCUUGGCCUGCAACAACAGCACAAACAGCAACAGUACCAACAACAGCUCCAGCACCAACAACAACAGCAGCAACAACAACAAGGUUUGUGUCGUCCGCUUUUGCCUCCACCUCCCCCACCUGGCCCCGCCCCUCUCCUCUUGGAUUCUGCCACCCUAGCUCCAGUUCCGCUCUACAGACUACGUCACUUCCCAUGUGGGAACAUCGGUUAUGGCUACCAGGAGCAAGGCCUGCCCAUGGAGCCAAUGUCUGGCCCCCAGCCUCCCCCACCUCAUCCUGGCCAGCAGAGGCCCAUAUCUCUGGCUCGGGCAAGUGGUCCAGAGGACAGCCGCCCACUUUUGGUCACCAUGGGUACGGUGCAGGACCCCAGACUCCCUAAAAUGGAAGGACACAAUGCCACUGUGCUGUAAUCAUACACUUUUGUCUUUCUCAGUGCCCACUCUGCGAAACACUGUGUGGUCGAUCUGCGUCCAACUGUACCAAGCCCCUUUGUACUUUUUCUUUGUGCUUUCAAAGUGACGUGGAUUGAACUGAUUGGAAUGGUUCGACAUUGGAAACUUUCUCUAAAUGUCUCACUCAUUGAUUUUUUGUCAUUUGGAUACUGGAACAGUACUGUUUUGUUUCAGAAAGCCACAUUUGAAAACUUGAUAGACAAAAAAAUAAAUAAAUAUAAAUAAAUAAACUGAUAAAGCCCUCACAAGGAAUAAUUCAAUGAAAAAGACUAGAUUAUAAUGGUGAUAUUUUUUCAAAAAUGGGGGAUAAAAAAUAAAAACGGGUUUGUUGAUGUUUGCCUGCCUGCUUAUUUAUUUAUUCAUUUGUUAAUUUAUUAUUUGGAGGUCAUGUAAAUCAUUAAUGGGUGUGCUUCUGAAAGCAAACAGCCCCCAUUCAUUAUGUAUCAUUUUGUUCACUCUUGGACUCGGUUGGCUUUUAAACUGCCACAGUUUUGAUAUAACAUCAAAAUUAAAGGAUAAAAGGAAUUUGUAAUGGCUUGCGUGUGAGACAUGAAUAAGUGUUUUUGGCAGCUGGUUGCUUAAUGUGAGGUGAUAAUGUGUUGCCAUGGUGUUGGAAUGGAAACAUUAGUAUCUGGUAAGGGACCAAUGAGUGAAGGCCUUUUUACAUGACUUGCAUUCGCUUCAACGCUUUAGUUACAGCCUUAAAUGGCACACCCAUUGACCACACAAAGUUGGUUCAAUGACCAUCUGAUGUAUAAUAGGGAUGUGCACAGAUAGUCGACAUUCGGUUUACCGUUCGAUGUAUCAGUAUUUGAAUACCCAAAUCACUAUUCGGUUAUUCUACAUGUGCAACAGAGGUCUUCAACCUGACCAAAGCUCGAUGAGUUCCGACAAACCGGCAGGUUUUCCGGCCAGAUUUUGGGUCAGUUUUUCAAGUAUAGGGCAAUUUAGGGGCUGUUCAAACAUGCUUUUGCAUGCAUCUGCGCUGUUUUCUUUUGUUUUAGAUCAGUGGUACUGACAUGUGCUGGACGGACAUCUUUGACUGUUGCACUGGCUGAAUCUCACUUUUUUUUCUUUCAGCACCUCGUGUAGAAUAACCGCAUUUUUAGACACCGAGCAAAGAUAAAAAGACUUUAAUUUUUAUAAAUGCAUCUCGAAACUCCUGCAUUGUGUUUCGUUUUUUGUGCUGCAUUCUGAAGAAGAGUACUUUUUGUGACUGAUAAGGCAGUCACACACCGGAUGAGAAGCGCCAGUACACACAAAAGUUACCAAGGUUUUUCCCUUCUUCAAGAAUGAACAAUGCUAGAGUAAAUAAUCUGGACAUCCUUUGAUAAUUAUUUGGGUCGAAUUUAAUGGAAAAUGCACUCCGUGGCACGGAAGAAAUUUGACCAGCCUCCGGAGUCGGAGCUGGACGCCAUCGAGAGAUGGUGAGUGUGACGGCGGUGUGCGUACCUUCAUUGAAAACAGUUGUUUCGAAUUUUAGAACACACUAUGUCGUCUGUCAGAUGUGUCCGGUGUGUGCAGGGUUGGGGAGUAACGGAAUACAUGUAACGGGAUUAGGUAUUUAAAAUACAAAAUAUAAGUAACUGUAUUCCACUACAGUUACAGUUUAAAUCAUUGGUAAUUAGAAUACAGUUACAUUCAAAAGGUAUUUUGAUUACUGAAGAGAUUACUUUGCAUUUUAUUGUCAUUUGUUUAAUUUAAUAUUUAGUCCUUUCAGAUGGAAAACAUUUAUACAUAUAAAUGAUGUGAUCCAAAGUGCAUUUGAACAGCAGUGAAACACUUUCUUAUGAUGUGUUACAUUCACACGUGCAAACAGAAAAGUUUGAAGUAAGUUUUGAGCAGAAGAAAUAGAAAUAAACCUUGUGUAAAUUGUCAGCUUUACGCUAAGCUAAUUUUACAUGCACGUUACCAGGCACGAUCAUAUUAUUCUUAUCAAGAAUAUUCACGUUGGAUCAUAAUUUCUUUUUUUCUAGUAAUACCUUUUUUUAUUAGGGCAAAAAUCAUAUGCUUGAUAAUAAUUUGUGUAUUGUAUUUCUGUAAAAAUCAGUCAAAUUGAUCUUGUUUUAGAAACAACACUGCAUAAGAUAUUUAGGUUUUUCAGAGAAUGUAUUUUUAACAUGUGCAUUUUGUCUUACUGUUCUGGCAGAGUUUUUAUAGUCAAAACAAGUGAAAAAAUCUACCAGUGCUGAAGAAGUAAUCCAAAAUAUUUAGAAUACGUUACUGACCUUGAGUAAUUACAGUUACAGCAUGUAUUCUGUAAUCUGAUUGGAAUACAUUUCACAAGUAACCCUCACAACCUUGGGUGUGUGACACCCUAAGCCUCGUCCAGUGUGCAACCACAUUUGCACCAUGAAACAUGAUUCCAGUUUAUUUUUCACUGAGCAAAGUUUCAGUGCUCGAUAAUCGUUAAGACCAUGUUUUUUCCCUUUUGCUGUGGUGUGCAUAUUUUGUACAAUAAUUAGACAAGUUCAAUGUAAUUUGAUUUUAAACCAUUUAAAAAUCAAAGCACCCAGAAGAGGCUAUUUAACCGCAACUGUGUGACUCCACACACAUGACAAUAUGUGUUUGCUGCCUCACGGAUGUGUGUACCUACCUGUGCAGAACGCAUAUAGAUUUUAUCAUUUGAAGAUGCAUGUAUUGUGCUAUUUAGACUCAUAGCUCACUGUGCACUUUAUUUGCUGCUGUUUUGAGUAGUGUAAGGAAAGUCCAUUACAAUAAAUAUCCUUUUAUUCCCGCAUCCCAACGAAAAAACCAUUUACUGUUCAUGAAACCUUGUGGUUAACCAAAUUUUAAAAAUGGUUACCAUGCACAUCCCUAAUGUAUAUUGCACACAAAACUCAGUCAGUCAGAUGAUCUCUUCCUGUCUAAGUUGACAGUUCUUGGCCAGAAUAAGCUGUAAUGUGACCAGACUUUAUGCGAAAGUCAAAAGUGAGAUAUAAGACUCGAGUACAUGAGACUAGCGCCAUUUUGACCUCCACAUAAAUCAGUUUAAGAGGUAGCUAGGUAGCAAGACAGCAGGAUGUGUUCUUUGUAAACAGAAAUAAAUAGUGAAAGCAAAUGAAAGCGGCAACGUAUUUAAGCAUAGAUACAUUGCAGACAAAAAGGACUCAACGUUUUUUUUUUCAUUCGUUAAAAUGCCUGAUAUGCAUUUGACAUAUGCAUUAACUGAAUUUCAUUUAUCUAGCUUUUAUUUACAAUUCGGUUUAUCUAGAUAAGCACAAAUCUCUUUUUCAUCUUAUUAUGAUUUUUGUGUCAGCACCAGCCACCUAAUAAAACGGCAUGCAAGUUGUCCGAUAAUCAUCGACUCUGCUUCGCUUGACUGUUUUUUCAGUGUCGCAGCCAUGGAUUUAAUAGGCUACACGUUUCUAUCACGCUGUGUCAAGGUAAAAUAAGUUAACUUUUAAAAACGGAUCUCAAAAUGUAAGGAUCUGUAGCUUGAUGCUUCACUUCAAAUAGCUGCCGUGUUUCAUUUGUAAGGGCCUUACUCCAACUGCUGUUUGAAAUCUUGAUGUUGGCUGUGUAAGAUUAAACUCCUGCAUUUAACUUUGAGAAAUAAGGCACUAAUACCACUCAUUCCAUUAGUUUCCUCUGUAGCAUUGACAUUUGUCAUUGAACUGAAUUUAUUUUGUGUACAGUACAUAAGAGCCUUACACCUGUUUCAGAACAUAAUUUACUGUUCUUCACUCUUUUGGUUUCUGUAUCUUUGAAUAAAGGACUUUAAGUCUAUUGGUCAAGAACAUUAAUUUUCAAAUAUAUUUUGACCCGUUAAUGUUUAACCAGCCAUUGUUACAGGAAUAUUGCUUACUGUUCAGUUCUAUCAAGCUGCUACUUCAAAAGCAAAUGUUGUACAUUCUUUUUUGUACUAUUUCAUUUUCUGUAAGAAAGAUCUGUAGUGUCUUGACUGUGAGGGUUUUCAAAGGAACAUCUUGUGGGUUACUAUUCAGAGAAUGACUUUUUUUGUUAGCAUAAAUGCUGUUCUGUUGGCAUAAAUAGCAUAUUUAUUUACAUUUUAAAGAGAGAUUAAUUUUUUUUUUUUAAGUAUUUUUAAAUUAGUGUACAGAUGUACUGAGGUUUGGAUCCAUCUGAUAUUGAUAAUGGAAGAAGAAAAGAAAAAAAAAAAAUCUGAGCGGUACUGCAUUAAAAAAAAAAGGAAUUUUUUUUUUUCAUUGCA